CCGGCCGAGUCCACUCCUAGCUCUCGGUAGUGUGCGAAAAAACUCUAGGUUGCGCACACCUCAUUUGAUUUUGCUCUCAAACUACUUGAUUAAUCCGUGUUUUUCUUUCAUUUUCUUUGUCGAAAUCCCUGAAUCUAUCUUAUCUACCAACUAGUUCAAGCAGAUUUGGGAUUGUUGAGCAAAAAACGUAAGAAAAUCCAAGUUUUGUGCGUUGAUACACUGUUCAUCAACGAACUGAGUUUUGAUUCGUCUUUCGACGACUGGUUUUGGAACUGAAGACUUGUUUGGGGGUCGCCACCUCCUGGCGAACCUGCCUGUACUGGUUUCCGGCCACCACAGCUCUGUCGUACACCAGCUUGCUAAGAUCCAGUGUGCGAAGUUACUGCUCACAGGAAGCAUUGACUUUGAUUGCCUCCAAAAUCUGUUGUUCAAUCUGAAUUUUGAGCACAUUCUGGGGUUCAUCUAUUCAAGGGGAGCAUUUUGGUACCUAUUUCGAGCAAAAUAAGUAAGUUUCGAGAAACUCAUGCACUAUUCAUCAAAUGUUCAAUGUGCGCCGGGGUGAACUGGUCUUUGAUUUUUUCUGAGCUUGUUUGGCAUUUGUUUUGUACUCUGAAUAUACUGCUAGAAUUGCCUUGUUAGUGGGAACGUUUGGCUAUUUUUUGAGAAUUUUCUGAUCCCAUUUGUGUGGAGGGAGUACUGUUCAUCUUCCUCAAUGGUUUGGAACUGCCAGCUACAGUAAUUCCUGCGAACCUUUGACUAGUUACAUAUUUUUUCUGGAUUCCAUACUUGUCCAUUGUUCAAACGGAGUAUACUGGAGUGUUCCUCACUUCAAAGGGUACAUGUGAGAGUAUUUUCACAAUUUUUGAACAUGUUUGUGAGGUGCUAAUUGCUCUUCCCAAUGACAAAGAAUAAUAAGCAAUCUCGUACACCUCCUCCGAAGGACACGGCGUUUGAUGAAAAAAUCAGAAUGUUGAAUGCUAAGAAGAUGGAACUUGAAGCUAAGAAGAAGGGAGGGGAAGCUAAUACAAAGGUCUUACCUUCGUAUGCCCCAAAACAACCCUCAAACUUACUAUCAACCCUACUUCACCAAUUGGGGUGGCUUCCAAAGAGAUUAGCUUUGAGAAACAAAUUGUUUCCUCUAGUGCUAAUUCUCCUAAUGAUGUGGCUACCUCGAAGGUUAAUGGAUUGGUGGAAGACGAAUAUGAAACCAUUGGGUCCGUUGAUACAAAUUCAAGUGCUAGUUAUGAAGAAAAUGUGGAAGAUGAACUAGAAGGAAAAAGAAGUGGAGUAAUUUGUUUCAAAAUAACCGCUCUCUUUCUCAUGGGAUCAAACUUGAUUAUAUCCCACCUAAAGGGGAUGUGGUGGACUUCUCUAACCGUAUGGUACCCUCUAUUUUUGAUAUAUUGGGAUAUUGUUUGGUUGGUUGCUUCACCAGGAGAUUCCUCGGAAUGAAAGCGGUCCAUGAACAGGGCAAAUGAGGUGUCAAUUGUAAGGUGAAGUCUCAUGACAAGGGCUGGACUAUUUUUCAUUUUAAAAAUGAGGAAAACCAAACAAAGGUCAUAUCCGAGGGGCCUUACUCUUCCUAUGGUAAGGCUUUGAUUCUUAAGGUUUUAUCCGAAGACUUUGAACUUGAUGGAGAGGAAUUUUUGAAAGUACCUAUUUGGGGGAAAUUCCACGGGCUCUCUGUUACUCUUUGGAAUAAACCGGAAAUUAGUGAGCUAGCUUCAUGUGUGGGUUUCCCAUUAUUGCAGACCAAAUAACAUAAAACAAGGCACAGGCUCAAUUUGCACGUGUACUUGUUGAGGUGGAUACUACGAAACCCCCGGUCAUUGAUAUUCCUAUGAUACAACCAUCCGGAAAAAGGAGGAAUCAAUAUGUGAUCUAUGAGACGUAUCCAAAUUAUUGCUAUGAAUGCAACAAGUUUGGCCACAACCCCUUUAUAUGUAAGGUGCUUCACCCGAAACUAAAGGAAGAUGACAACAAAAAAUUGGUUGAUGCAAAGAAGAUGGAAACACCGAAUGAAGAGGGGGGCAAAGAAGAUAGUUGCUGCCCAAGAGGAACCGUUAGAGCUACCUUUCCAACUUGUGGUGCCAAAGAAGAACAAAGCUAAGGCUUCUUCAUCCCAUGAUACAAAGGUGCCGGCCAAACCCACUUCAAUGCUUCCAAGCCUAAGGAUCCCUCGGCCCAAAAGCACAACACGAACAAGGAAUUUGAAUGGAAGGGGUGAAGGAUUCUAAAUAUGCAUGAAAUGCAACCGGAUGACAUUGUUACCACUUUUGUACCCAAUGAAGACAGUGUGCAAGUAGCUUAUGUCAAGAAGCGACAUCAACUCAAGAGCCAUAUUCACGUGGCUAGGCUAGCAAUGGAUUCCCUAAAGGAGGCUCACCAAGAUGUGCCGACUAUUUUAGAAAGUGAGAGAAGGGGAUGACUUUGACGUUCUUCAGUGGUGGAAGGAAAAAAAGAGAACGUUCCCGAUCUUAUCAAAGAUGGCUAAGCAAGUGCUAGCAAUGCCGGUAUCAACAAUUGCUGUGGAACAAGAAUUUAGUGCGGCCGGCAACAUCCUAACGGAUUAUAGAAUGAGAUUGAGCGCAAACUCUCUUGAGACGCUUGUUUGCUUCCACGAUUGGUUGAAGGCCAAACGUAGAACUCAAGAAAUUAGCAUUGAACCCACUCGUCACUUAAUGGAAGAAACAACCGAAGAUAGCGGAAAUUCUGAUUGAUUCUUAUUUAUUAAAAAAGUGUAUGUCAUGUUUUAAUUUUUGCUCAAUUUCAA